GAGAGACUGAACGAUACUGCUUACAUACUAAACCCCUAAAUCUGAAAAACAGGUGCAACAUUACUUAGGUGCAUUUUUUUCUUCUAGCCUAAAUUCGUCGUGGAAACGAAAAGUCAACAGACUUGAAAGUCAAUAGAACUAUUCUACAAUUUAGGUAGUCCUUUCACAAAGAUGCAAUUUUAAACUUCCAGACGAGGCCACACAAACUACCAACAUCCUCCCAAAGUUCGACAGCCCAAGAGCAUCCCAGGUCCUACAGAAAGGACGGAGCCCCGGGACGCGCGUCCGGAUUCCCACGUCCUCGGUCUUCCCCAGACGCCGCGCAGCCGAGCCUGACUGCUCUGCACGGUUAGAGACGGAGCGAGGUCCAGCGACCGACUCAAGAGGAAAACUUUAAGAGCGAUGAGUCCCUGAGACAGCACUGAAGGCAGAGCAGCGCGGCGGCCCGAGGGCUCGGCGGGGUGGACGCCGGGGAGACCAACUUCCAGAUUCUACUUGCAGGCAACCCAUGCCAUAACUUCUAAAUUGUAUUUGGAAAGACACUGACCAGAGGUAAAAAUGAUAAAGUUUUUCCUGAUGGUGAACAAACAAGGGCAGACCCGACUCUCUAAGUACUAUGAACAUGUGGAAAUUCAUAAGCGUACACUUCUGGAAACCGAGGUCAUAAAGAACUGCCUUUCUCGAUCCAAUGAACAAUGCUCUUUCAUUGAAUACAAGGAUUUUAAGCUGGUCUACCGGCAAUAUGCGGCUCUCUUCAUCGUGGUUGGCAUUAGUGACACUGAGAAUGAAAUGGCUAUUUAUGAAUUCAUCCACAAUUUUGUAGAAGUUUUAGAUGAAUACUUCAGCCGAGUGAGCGAACUGGAUAUAAUGUUUAAUUUGGAUAAAGUCCACAUCAUCUUGGAUGAGAUGGUGUUAAAUGGCUGCAUUGUAGAGACUAACAGGGCCAGAAUUCUUGCCCCUCUGCUGAUUCUUGAUAAGAUGUCAGAAAGCUGAAUGGAAGCUCUGCGGGACAACACCCUCUGUAAGAAGCAUGAAUACCAUGGAAUACAUCUAUGUCAACAUCUACGACCCAAAGGGUGACAAGACAGAACAUCCUUCCAACAGUAUCACUAGAUACUUUCCAUAUUCCCAAACAGAAAACAAAGGCUAUUUUAAAAUACAUACAGAAAACUUUUCUCUAACUGAAACUCAGGAUUCCAUUUUUCUGUCAACACCUCCCCAGGACAGGGAGAAGAGAGCGGAGGAAAAUGUGUGGUAGCCGGCCGGCCAUCAGCCAGUGAAGUUUCCUUCAAGUUGACUUGAACACGCAUGGCACUUUGUGUAAACUGUCUUGUGCUUGCCGUCUCCUUACAGUCUUAGCAAUAAAACUGUGUUACUACUG